UCCGGUUGCGGUGCUGAGUCGGAAGUGGGAACCCUUCGGCCACUGAGACUUUGUCGUGUCGUCGCUGCUGGCCCUUCAGGCUCUGCCCUUCCCCCUAGGUCUGGAUGGAGGAUACCUUAAAGUGAAAUGACAGACCAGGAGAAUAACAACAACAUCUCAAGUAACCCCUUUGCUGCUCUUUUUGGCUCCCUGGCUGAUGCCAAGCAGUUCGCAGCAAUCCAGAAAGAGCAGCUGAAGCAACAAUCUGAUGAACUCCCAGCUAGCCCAGAUGACUCGGAUAAUAGUGUAUCAGAGAGCCUGGAUGAAUUUGAUUAUUCUGUGGCUGAAAUUAGCCGCUCAUUCCGGUCGCAGCAGGAAAUAUGUGAGCAACUCAACAUCAAUCACAUGAUCCAAAGGAUCUUCCUCAUUACUCUGGACAACAGUGAUCCAAGCUUGAAAAGCGGGAAUGGCAUCCCCAGCCGAUGUGUGUAUUUGGAAGAAAUGGCAGUAGAGCUAGAAGAUCAAGACUGGCUUGAUAUGAAUAAUGUUGAGCAGGCCCUCUUCGCCCGCUUAUUACUUCAAGAUCCAGGCAAUCACUUGAUUAACAUGACUUCUUCUACAACAUUAAAUCUCUCUGCUGACCGAGAUGCAGGGGAGAAGCAUAUCUUUUGCUACCUUUACUCCUGCUUCCAAAGAGCCAAGGAAGAGAUUACCAGAGUUCCAGAGAACCUGCUACCCUUUGCAGUACAGUGCAGGAACCUCACUGUAUCCAAUACCCGAACAGUUCUCCUCACCCCGGAGAUCUACGUUGACCAAAACAUCCAUGAGCAGCUAGUAGAUUUGAUGUUGGAAGCCAUCCAAGGAGCCUAUUUUGAAGAUGUAACUGAGUUUCUGGAAGAGGUCAUUGAAGCCUUGUUAAUGGAUGAGGAAGUUCGAACAUUUCCAGAAGUCAUGAUUCCAGUGUUUGAUACUUUAUUGGGCCGAAUAAAAGAUCUAGAGCUGUGCCAGAUCCUAUUGUAUGCUUAUCUGGAUAUUCUUCUUUAUUUCACUAGGCAGAAGGAUUUGGCAAAGGUUUUUGUAGAAUACAUUCAGCCCAAGGAGCCUAGCAAUGGGCAGAUGUACCAGAAGACCUUGCUGGGAGUAAUUCUGAAUAUCUCUUGCUUAUUAAAGACUCCAGGUGUUGUAGAAAAUCAUGGCUACUUCCUGAAUCCAUCCCGUUCCAGUCCCCAGGAGAUCAAAGUACAAGAGGCCAACAUCCAUCAGUUCAUGGCUCAGUUCCAUGAAAAGAUCUACCAGAUGCUGAAGAACUUACUCCAGCUCUCUCCAGAAACCAAACACUGUAUCUUGUCCUGGCUUGGAAACUGUUUGCAUGCAAAUGCAGGCCGCACCAAGAUUUGGGCGAAUCAGAUGCCAGAAAUCUUCUUCCAAAUGUAUGCCUCGGAUGCCUUCUUUCUGAAUCUGGGUGCUGCUCUCCUGAAGCUAUGCCAGCCAUUUUGCAAACCUAGAUCCUCUCGGCUCCUCACCUUUAAUCCCACUUACUGUGCCCUAAAGGAGUUGAAUGAUGAAGAACGAAAAAUUAAAAAUGUACACAUGAAAGGUUUGGACAGAGAAACAUGUUUGAUCCCACCUGUGCAGGAGCCGAAGUUUCCCCAAAACUACAACCUUGUAACAGAGAACCUUGCUCUUACGGAGUACACUUUGUACUUGGGAUUUCACAGGUUGCAUGAUCAGAUGGUAAAGAUCAACCAAAAUCUGCAUCGGCUGCAGGUCGCCUGGAGGGAUGCUCAGCAGAGUUCUAGCCCUGCUGCUGACAAUCUUCGUGAGCAGUUUGAACGACUGAUGACCAUCUAUCUUUCUACCAAGACUGCCAUGACUGAGCCACAGAUGCUUCAAAACUGCCUCAAUUUGCAGGUGUCAAUGGCUGUACUACUGGUUCAGUUGGCCAUAGGCAAUGAGGGCUCACAGCCAAUAGAGCUAACUUUUCCUUUGCCAGAUGGCUACAGUUCUUUGGCUUAUGUGCCAGAAUUUUUUGCAGAUAACCUGGGUGAUUUCCUCAUUUUUCUCCGCCGCUUUGCUGAUGACAUCUUGGAGACAUCAGCAGAUUCCCUGGAGCAUGUCCUUCACUUUAUUACCAUUUUCACUGGAAGUGUGGAAAGAAUGAAGAAUCCCCACCUAAGGGCCAAACUAGCUGAGGUGUUGGAAGCAGUGAUGCCCCACCUGGACCAGACCCCGAGCCCCUUGGUGUCCAGUGUGUUCCACCGGAAGCGUGUGUUCUGCAACUUCCCACAUGCAUCCCAUCUGGCAGAAGCUCUAAUCAAAGUUUUUGUGGACAUCGAGUUUACAGGAGACCCCCAUCAGUUUGAACAGAAGUUUAAUUACCGCCGUCCCAUGUAUCCUAUCCUAAGAUACAUGUGGGGGACAGAUACCUAUCGGGAGAGCAUUAAGGAUUUGGCUGACUUUGCCUCUAAGAAUUUAGAAGCCAUGAAUCCCCCACUUUUCCUCCGCUUUCUUAACCUGCUAAUGAAUGAUGCCAUCUUCCUUUUGGAUGAAGCCAUACAGUAUUUGAGCAAGAUAAAGAUUCAGCAGAUUGAGAAGGACCGAGGUGAAUGGGAUAGUCUGACUCCAGAAGCUCGCAGAGAGAAGGAGGCUGGCCUACAGAUGUUUGGACAGCUGGCACGUUUCCAUAACAUCAUGUCCAAUGAAACAAUUGGUACCCUUGCCUUUCUAACAUCAGAGAUCAAAUCACUCUUUGUCCAUCCCUUCCUGGCUGAGCGCAUCAUCUCCAUGCUCAACUACUUCCUCCAGCACUUGGUUGGCCCCAAGAUGGGUGCCUUAAAAGUCAAGGACUUCAGCGAAUUUGACUUCAAACCUCAGCAGCUUGUAUCAGAUAUCUGCACUAUCUACUUAAAUCUUGGGGAUGAGGAGAAUUUUUGUGCCACUGUGCCCAAGGAUGGACGUUCCUACUCCCCAACUCUCUUUGCACAGACAGUUCGAGUCUUGAAGAAAAUAAAUAAGCCUGGAAAUAUGAUCGUGGCUUUCAGUAACUUAGCAGAGAAAAUCAAGUCUCUUGCAGACCUCCAGCAACAGGAAGAGGAGACCUAUGCAGAUGCUUGUGAUGAGUUCCUGGAUCCCAUCAUGAGCACACUAAUGUGUGACCCUGUGGUGCUGCCAUCUUCCAGAGUCACUGUGGAUAGAUCCACUAUUGCAAGACAUUUGCUCAGUGACCAAACAGAUCCCUUUAAUCGUAGUCCCCUCACCAUGGACCAGAUCCGGCCAAAUACAGAACUAAAAGAAAAAAUCCAACGGUGGCUUGCAGAGAGGAAACAACAACUUGAGCAAACAAAGGAGCAACUUGAAUAAGUGCUGUGAACUAAACAAACCAAAAACCAACCCCAGAGUGUAGAUAAACAGUUGUUUAUAGUUUCUUUUUCUGAUUCUGUUCCUUUUCUCUUUUUUUUUUUCCUUUACUAAAUUAGAGCAUUGUUCUUGUUCAAAUUAUGAAAAUUAAUAUUCCUAAGAACUUGACAAUGUUCCCCUGGCUUAUAGGAAAUUAAACUUGAUCAUAGGAUCACCACGUUUAGAAAUCAUCACUAAUUUUCACCCUUUAUUUUCUCUUCCUAUCAUAAAUUAUAUUUACUUCAACUACCAAAACUUCCUGCCACCUUACUAUAUCUCUCCCAAAUACUGUUCAAAUGUUUUUGAGAGCACAGCUUUUAAGAAUACAAUGUCACAUAUUUCAGUGAGAACUGCUAUCAUUGGAAAAUCCUCUAUUAUGUAUUUACUAGUUCCCAUGACUAAAGCCCUUUUCUUGUUAAAGUUCUGUAAUGUUACAGAAUAACUUUUCACAUAAAAACAGGUACCUUGAAGUUUUCAUAGGCUUUUGAAUAAUGUGAUAGGUGAGAUUUUUUUUUUAAAGGAAUCUUAUGCAACUUAUGUUGGUAGCUCUUAAUUUUGUGUCAUCUUGUAACUCAGCGAUGCCAUCUCAGACAAACUCUCCCCACCACCCAAAAUUUAGCCCUAUAGUGUUUUUAUGAGGAUUUAUAGGACAAACUUACACAGUUUUGACACUUUAGUCAAAAAAAAGUCUGGGGUGAGAAGGCUGUUGGGCCGCUUUUUCUUAUGAAAAUCUGUUGCUACAAGGAUUAAGCCUCAGUAUAAGAUUUAAGGAACAAAUAGUGUAACCAUGAAAAAUGUCAUUUUAAGACACUAAUAACAAUAGUAUAAGUCAGUGUGUGAGAUACACACACACAUACACACACACACCCCAUGUGCUGUUUUAUAUUCAUCUAGUGUAAACUAAGUACCACUUUACAUUGUCUCUUCCAUGGUAAAAUGUAUGCAGUGUGUGGCCAUGUUUACUAACAUACUCCUUCUGAGACUAUAAAAUAUAUACAGUUAAUAUUUGUUUGGGCUUAUGACUUGACUUCUAAGAGCUACUUCUAACAGCCUUAGGUCAUAAAUUAGCAAAGUAGUAAUCUGAGCACAACCUUAUCCACAAGCCAUUUUAUAUAUCCCCUUAACCCUGUAUAGUUAGUAGAUGGAUGGACCGCACUUUUACAAGUUGAGCUUGAGCUCCCUAUUCAGUUGUGCAGCUUAACAUGCUAAGUGAGGCACAUUCCCCUAUGGAUUGCCUUCAUAUCACUAUCCAUCUAAGCCCAUAGAUAUCUAAGUGACGAGUGAUAUGAUCUAGAAACAGGGGUCAUUGCGGGCGGCGCCUGUGGCUCAGUGAGCAGGGCGCCGGCCCCAUAUACCGAGGGUGGUGGGUUCAAGCCCAGCCCCGGCCAAACUGCAACAAAAAAAAAUAGCCGGGCGCUGUGGCGGGCGCCUGUAGUCCCAGCUACUAGGGAGGCUGAGGCAGGAGAAUCGCCUAAGCCCAGGAGUUUGAGGUUGCUGUGAGCUGUGUGAUGCCACGGCACUCUACUGAGGGCAUUAAAGUGAAACUCUGUCUCUACAAAAAAAAAGAAACAGGGGUCAUUGCUUUCUUUGGAGGGCACUUGUUAACCAUGGCCUCUUUCAAAUAAGAUGGUAGUUUUAUGAUAUUCCAACAUAAGUUGCUAUAACCAGUCCUUGAUGUGUUUUUGGUGGUAUCAGUUGAAAACCUCAAAUCCAAGAGGGCUUCCCACCCUAGAUAUAAAGUAGAUGUUGCCUAUUUCUGUGCUUAUAAAUGAAAAAGGAACUCUAGGGCACUGACUCUUUAAUUGGCUCUGGUAUUGUUACUUUUGCAAAUCUCAGAAUGUAAGAUUAAUUCAGUGUACUCCCUGGGCCUUUAAGGGUUGGGUUGGCAGGAUUUAUUACAGUGAGGUGUGUAAUAAACGUAUUUAUUAUUCCUCUUUCCCUAAGAAUGAACUGUGUAUAAAAUAAGCUUCUCCCUGCUUGCAUUUAUCUUCCAAACCCAAUCUAGUAGGAUAUUUUCAUCUUUAAAAGAAGGGGCAGGAAGAUCAGAGUUUUACAGGAAAAAAAUGGAGGAAAAUGGGCACAAAACCCCAGAAGCCAGCUGUUCCCAGCAGUUUUCUAAUUAAUAACCCCUAUGCUGCCUCCAGUGUCUGUCUAUAUUCUACUUCUGUAUUUUGCCUUCGGAUUGUAAGCCUUUGCCAUCAAGCUUUCCUUUCCUUUUUUUUUGAAAGCUCUUUAAGUUUUUAUGAACGGCUGUGACACCAUUAAUGCUGCUGAAUAUUUAAACUCUUCACAAAGGCAAGUUCAUAGCUUAAGGCCACUAUUGGUAAGGAAACCAAGUGUCUUCUGUGCCUUUUUUCUGUGAAAUAAGUUAAGGACAUCUAAAAGAAUGAGUCUUUAAAAAGUUAUCUUGGUACAACAUGGUGUGUAUAUUGGAAGCUUAAAAAGGUGUUUUUGUCUGGAACUCAGAGCAGCUCUAAGAGCAAACCUCCUAACAGACCUUGUUUUAUGUGUUGGCUUUGCUGAAGUAUAAUAGGAAAAUGAAAACUCUUUAAUCAGCUCUGGUAUUGUUCGUAACUUACCAACAGGCUGAUACUAAACUUGGAAAAUUAAGUAGAUUUUUGUCAAGCAGUCUGAGUUUUGGCUUUUUUUAAUGUAUUCUUUAAUGGAUAUGUGACAACUGAAGGCUUUUUAAUGGUGCAGGUUAAGGUGCCAGUUGCUAUUUAGUAUCACACUCUACAAGAGUUUCAUUACUUUAUUUGAUGCCAGUUGCUAAGCAGCCGUUGCACAGAGGGUAAGUCUACUGGGUACCUUUACAAGCCAGAGGCUUAACACUGCACUAUUGAUGUCAUGUGAGGAAAUAACACACAUGCUCUAAGUGCUGAAUAGGAAAAAAACCUAGAAGCAAAGAAAAUGAAGAACAAAACAAAAAGGUUGGUUGAAAUAAAACUUGAUCAACAUAACUGUAUUUAGAAACAUUCCAAGAAGGUUACUUCUUGUCAAACUUGCCUGGGGGUGUUUGUUCAAAACUUGUAUUUAAUAAAUGAACACCUGACUU